AUGAGCCCGAAAAGUCCAUUCGGGAGCCAUCCCGGCAUGCUGCCGAGGUUCAGCUCGACACGAAAUCCGGGUGAUUCAAGAGCAUCCACGGCCGCCACAGAUCCAGCAGACUUGACAGUGGACGAAGAAUCCCCUGUUAUACCCCACCCAGUGGGUAAUGACGAAGAGAACCUCCCUAGUCCGCAGCCGCGGAGUUAUGCGAAGAAAAGUCGCAAUUCAUAUUACAUUCAUAAAGAAAAAGACAGCACCACAAAGACUACGAGCUCAAAACGUUCUGCAACAGCCGAAGAUCUCCCUCGACGUAAAUUAGCGAAACGAAGCAGAACCUCCCACUUUGAGUCCGACGAUGACGAUUUGUAUUCGGAUCUUUCAGCUGCGGCCCCAUUAGCAUCAACAUAUGAAGGUCGCACAACGGGUCGCGACAGGAAAGGCCCAACAAAUUAUUAUGCAACAGAAGCGGAAAAGCGAUUGAUCGAGGCCAUCGAGUCUCAGAGGUCUGGCAGAACAGUUGACGACGACGUGAUUGAAAGUCAAGAGAAACCACUGCCAAUGACGUCGCGCUAUGCUAUAGACCUGUGGUCACAGGACUCCGUGAUAGAUCGAGGGAUUCCAGCGGGUGAAACUUCCGCAAAGGCCCAACCCACUCCUCUAUCCCAUGUGGAGGACGAGUGGAUGACUGCUACUCGCCCGCCUGCGGCACUACGUCCCACUACUCUAGCACCCGUAGAGGAACGUCAAAGCAGUGGCACAAGAACCCACCAAGCCACUCCCACAACACCUCGCCUUCCAAGACCAAAGCUCAACUACUCCUAUAGCAUCAUCUUCUCCCGCACUCCAGUACUGUCGACCAAGAACUGGUAUCCACAAGGCAGCUUCCAAGACAAGACCCUGGCCCAAGUUUUCCUUGACUUGGAGCUCGACGUGAAUGUUCGUGGCGUGGUCUUCACGCUCGAAGGACCUGAUCUCCGCUACGAGGGGGGUCUAAUCGACCGAGGCGACGAGACGAAGUUCCAAGUCAUGAAAAGGAACCUCACUAGGUGGAUCAACAUAUGCAGUGAUAGUCACCGGGGUACUAGCGAGCCUCUAGAUCUCUUUAUCGAUAUCGAAAUUCUAAGAGACGAGGAGGAGGGUCUGCAUGUAGAUGAAGAGGAUGCGGAAAUUUGGUGA